AUGCUAAAUGCUGCUCGACAGAGGCAGGGAAACCAGCCCAACGACCCGGUGACAAAUAUCUGUCAAGCGGCCGAUAAACAGCUCUUCACCCUGGUGGAGUGGGCCAAGAGGAUCCCGCAUUUCUCCGAGCUGCCGCUGGACGACCAGGUCAUCCUCCUACGAGCAGGUUGGAACGAGCUCCUCAUUGCAUCAUUCUCGCACCGUUCGAUAGCCGUGAAAGACGGGAUCCUGUUGGCGACCGGGCUGCACGUGCACCGCAACAGCGCCCACAGUGCCGGAGUGGGCGCCAUCUUCGACAGAGUGCUCACGGAGCUGGUGUCUAAGAUGAGGGACAUGCAGAUGGAUAAGACAGAACUGGGGUGCCUUCGAGCUAUCGUCCUUUUCAAUCCAGACUCUAAAGGUUUGUCGAACCCAGGUGAGGUGGAAGCCCUGAGAGAGAAAGUCUACGCGUCGUUAGAGGCCUACUGCAAACAGAAGUACCCGGAGCAGCCCGGCAGGUUCGCCAAGCUGCUGCUGCGGCUGCCGGCGCUGCGCUCCAUCGGCCUCAAGUGUCUGGAGCACCUGUUCUUCUUCAAGCUCAUCGGGGACACGCCCAUCGACACCUUCCUCAUGGAGAUGCUAGAAGCGCCGCAUCAGAUGACAUAAUGGCGCCGAUGGUCGAGCCAUCCCCCCCGGCCUCUCCUCCUCCUCCUCCUCCUCCCCCUGCCUCACCCACCACCCCCGGACCAGGCGCAGGGUUCCUCCUCCUCCUCUUUUUUAAGAAUCCCCUCUCCAGCGAGGGACGGAUCACGUGACUAUUUAGGAUUCUGGAGAACCUGUCUCCUGCCCGUCUCUCCUCCUCCCCCCGCACCCCCGCCCGUCCUUUUGAAAACAAUGAAACCGUCACGUCUGCGGGUCUGUUUUAUACUUUGUAAAAAAUAUUAUAAAUAAGAAAAUAUAUAUAUGGAAUAAAAAAAAAAAAUCACACGACAAACACGAGUGUCAUCGGAGGACUGAAAAGAGGACGGACAGAGGAGGAGGAGGAAAAAGUAUUGAGCCAUUGUUUUCAUCUUUGCUGAUAAGACACUUUGACGAGAAGAAGCAGAGACCAUCAGAU